UAGUAGGCUACUACAAUUCUUCGGCAGUGCGUCGUCAAAGUGAAAAUUUUGGUCUCCAACCUUCUGACAGCAAACGAGUGCAGAACCGACAGCAACCACAGUAUGGAUCCUGCAAAGUUAAAACACAUCAUUCUGAAUGUACGCCACCCGUAUGUGGUGCGCAAUAUAGAUCCCGAUUGGGCCUGCUUUCGGCAAUCCUUCGCCGAGUGGUGUGAAGCAUUCGACCUGGCGCAUCCAGAUUCCGUCCCGUUCGAGGGAUGUCCAGUGAAAGGCGGUAACCACCCACAGUGGGAGUGGGAGCGAACGAAGGUGAAGAUGAAGAUGCGCGACAUUUGCACACGCACUGAUACGCGCUGGAAUUCGUUCAGCUAUCGCAACAUCGCACUGCUGCCAGAACCGUGCCGCAGAGGAAUCAAUUUUGCGUGUUUUGGUUUUCCAGAGGUUGAGCAGGAUGUUACAUUCUGGAUUGGAUCGGCACAAGCCCACACGCCCUGCCACUACGAUACGUACGGCUGCAACGUAGUGGUGCAGGUGUUUGGCCGCAAGUCCUGGAUUCUGCUGCCACCGGACGCAAAGUUAACGCCGGUGCGCGUGCCCUUCGAGGAGUCCAGCGUGUACUGUGAGGAAAACUUCUACAGUCCGGCCUCUUACGGCCCGUUUACUGCGGUGGAGGACAAGGUGUACCAUGUGGUGCUGGAGCCAGGAAUGGCACUGAUUGUGCCGCCGAAAUGGUGGAACUAUGUGGAAACGCUCGAACCUGCCCUCAACUUCAACACCUGGCUGGGUUUGGAGACAGAUGUGGAUUCUCUAAUCUCGGAAUGCAUAACGAAACUGUUGCUUCAGGAUUUGUGCAGUGAUGUCCCGGAAAAGGUGACCAGCCGUCUCAUCAAUCCCAAUGAGGAUUUACCAACAACAGAGGAAAGCGUGAGUGAAUCGUAUCAAAUCUUAAACUAUCUGCUAAACCAAAGAAGAAAAAACAAACACCAGUCUCCAAAUUUGAAGCGUUAUCCUUGCGAGUACCUACCUAUCGAAACCUUUGGCCAAUUGGUUGACGAAUGCAAGCCAUUUAUCAAACCGGUUGAGCUGCUGGAUCGAUGUGAUUUCAACAACCUUAUUAACCGCAAUCGCGCUCGAAACGAUCCUUCUUAUAAGGAUAAAAUCAGCGACGAACUAACUGUUGAUGAACUGGAGCGAAUAGCUAGAUUGCGGAAAAUGGUAAACGUGUGUUGCAAACCGGAUGUGGUAAAACUUAUAGAGCGCGUUUUGUUGGAUGAAUCUAGCUAAUGACUGGACAAACCGAUCGGAACGCUUAGUUUUGGGAUAAUAUAGACUAAUGUUUGUUUUAAUAAAAAAAGCAAACAGCUCGUG